AUGAGAACGUCUCCUAGGAGCUUUCAACUUUGUGACACAAAUUCUGCCUCGCUCCCGUCACCUCCUACAACCUCUACUCAAACCUCAAUUCCUAAGCUCUCCCGCCAACAGGGACAGGAAGGUUCCCAUCCCCACACGUCUCCGCCGGGCCAUACUACCUUGGCUCACGCAACCUCUCCUUCAGAAUACCGAGCCCUUUCAUUCCGCUCAAGAUCCUGUCCUCCUAUGGACGGACGCCUCCCUCUCGGGAGGGGGAGGUCACACACACUCGGCUGCCGUCUCCGGGUCUUGGACUCCCCUCGAGGAACACUUACACAUCAAUCUCCUCGAAGUCAGAGCGGUGCACCACUGUCUCCUUCACCUCGACCUAUCCCAUCAAUGGAUACAUCUCUUUAUAGACAACGCACCAUCCCAAUGUGCAAUCAACAAGUUAUCCUGCAAAUCACCCAAUCUCCUCAAGGAGGUGACCCACUUGGUCCACCUUCUCCAGCUUCGCUCUCUGAAGAUCAAGGCCUUCCGCAUUUCCACCCUCCUCAAUGCCAAGGCCGACGCCCUCAGCCGUACUUCCCAUCCACUCCUCGAAUGGGAACUUCCACAGAAGAUCUUCCAUCAGCUCCAACUUCUCAGAGGUCCCCUCGAGAUCGACCUCAUGGCCACGAGCGAGAACUCGAAGCUAUCUCUUUUCAUAUCCCCCCACCCUCACCCCCGAGCGUGGGGCCACAAUGCUCUAGCCUGGGACUGGAACCAGUGGUCCCGGAUCUACAUAUUCCCCCCGAAGUGGCUCAUUCCUCUAGUCGUAUCCAAACUUCAAACCUACAGACCCCACGGCCUGAUAGUUCUACCGUGGUACCCAGCGGAACCCUGGUUCCCAUACGUCCUCAACAGGUCCCUCGACCACUGGACUCUGAACCUGUUGGACCCAACGAAAAAUGGACGUCGCGCCUCCGAGAACUGGACCGCAUUCCAUUUUUGAAGGAAGUUUUUUCAGCUAAAUGGGGCGCCACAGUCGCCUCACGCCUGAUCAUAGCCCAUCGCACCUCAACCGCUCGGCAGGCGCAGUCAGUCUAG